UCCCCUUAGAUCACGUGAGUGCUGUUUACAGGAGACGGAAGCACACAGAGAAAGUAGAUGCUUCUGGAAAACAACUUGUUUUGGAGCACAGAGUUCUGAAGUCCCUUCCAAUAAGAGCGAUUGUGUGGAAAGGAGCUGGCAAGAGUGGAACGACAGCUGUCCUGCUGUAAAGGUUCUGGUAGAGCAGCUUGUCUCAGCCGGUCUCCUUUUCGUCCUCCACAUCGCUUUCAGUCAUGCAGAAAGAGGAAGAUGUCUGCCCUGAGGCUAGCUACUGUUUGGGUACCACCCUGAGCUCCUGGCAGCAGCAUUUCAUGGAGGAGCAUUCCCAGUUCACCAUGCUAAUGGGGAUUGGAAUCGGUGCCCUCCUUACGCUGGUCUUCGUUGGCAUUACCUUAUUUUUUGUGUACAGAAGAGUGAGCAGAUUCCGACGAACAGAACCCACUCCUCAGUACAGGUUCCGGAAGAGAGACAAAGUAAUGUUUUAUGGCCGGAAGAUCAUGAGGAAGGUGACCACACUCCCCCAUACCUUGGUUGGGAAUACCACUGCACCCCGUCAGCGAGUCAGGAAGAGGACCAAAGUGCUAUCUUUAGCCAAGAGGAUUCUGCGCUUUAAGAAAGAAUAUCCUACUUUGCAGCCAAAAGAGCCCCCACCCUCCCUGCUUGAGGCUGACCUUACAGAGUUUGACGUGAAGAACUCUCACCUGCCAUCAGAAGUUUUGUACAUGUUAAAAAAUGUUCGGGUUCUAGGCCACUUUGAGAAGCCACUAUUCCUGGAACUUUGCAAACACAUGGUCUUUGUGCAGCUGCAAGAGGGAGAGCAUGUGUUCCAGCCUGGGGAGCCUGACAUCAGCAUCUAUGUGGUUCAGGAAGGACGGCUGGAGGUCUGCAUCCAAGAUGCUGAUGGCACCGAGGUGGUGGUCAAAGAGGUCCUGCCAGGGGAUAGUGUUCACAGUCUCCUCAGCAUUUUGGAUGUGAUCACCGGUCACGCUGCACCGUACGAGACAGUUUCUGCCCGUGCAGCUGUCUCGUCCACUGUGCUUUGGCUUCCUGCAGCAGCUUUUCAAGGAGUUUUUGAGAAAUACCCGGAAACUCUGGUGAGGGUUGUGCAGAUCAUCAUGGUACGGCUGCAGCGGGUGACUUUCCUGGCUCUGCACAACUACCUGGGGCUGACUACAGAGCUCUUCAACCCUGAGAGCCAAGCCAUCCCUCUCUUGUCAGUAGCAAGUGUGGCUGGACGAGCCAAGAGACAGAUGUCAUAUGGCCCAGAGGAACAUCUUGAGAAGUCCCCAAAGCCCCCGGACUUCAGUAGCUCAGAUCACGGAAGCAGCUGCGUGGCAGUCUCUGGGCCUCUGCUGAAGAGGAGCUGCUCAGUACCUCUGCCUUCCAUCCAUGGGGAGGUAGAUGAGCUCAGGCAGCCCCAGAGAAGUGGCUCUAACACUUCAGCCUUCCAAGAAAGCCAUGAGGGGGCCACCUCAGACCUGGGGAUGGCAUACAACCGUACCAGGAUUUUGCCACACUCCGAUGAGCAUCUUGGGAACUCUUUGGCCAGCAAGUCCAAGAAAAGUGUUGUUGCAGAGGCCCCCUCUGCCAUCUUCCACUACUCAGAAAGUUCCAGGAAUGAGCCGGGGGCUAGCGGGAAGACAGAUGCUAUCUUCAGAGCUGCCACAAAGGACCUCCUUACCCUGAUGAAGCUAGAUGACCCAUCUCUGUUGGAUGGCCGGGUGGCAUUUCUUCAUGCUCCUUCAGGCACCAUAGUGUCAAAACAGGGAGAUCAGGAUGUCAACAUUUUGUUUGUGGUCUCGGGGAUGCUGCAUGUGUACCAGCAAAAGAUUGACAGCUUGGAGGAUACUUGCCUGUUCCUCACACAUCCCGGGGAGAUGGUGGGACAGCUGGCGGUACUCACCGGAGAGCCCCUCAUGUUCACCAUCAGAGCCAACCGAGACUGCAGCUUUUUGUCCAUCUCAAAGGCCCACUUCUAUGAGAUCAUGAAGAAACGGCCAGAUGUUGUCCUGGGUGUGGCACACACAGUUGUGAAGAGGAUGUCGUCCUUUGUACGGCAGAUUGAUUUUGCUCUAGACUGGAUGGAAGUGGAGGCUGGACGUGCCAUAUACAGGCAAGGGGACAAGUCUGACUGCACAUACAUCGUCCUCAGUGGCAGGCUGCGCUCUGUGAUCCGAAAGGAUGAUGGGAAAAAACGCCUGGCAGGGGAAUAUGGCCGAGGAGACCUUGUUGGUGUGGUGGAGACGCUAACCCACCAGGCCAGAGCAACCACAGUGCAUGCUGUCCGAGACUCAGAACUAGCCAAGCUGCCAGCAGGAGCUCUGACGUCAAUCAAGCGCAGAUACCCACAGGUUGUAACCCGACUGAUUCAUCUCUUGGGCGAGAAGAUCUUAGGCAGUCUCCAGCAGGGAUCUGCAACGGGUCACCAGCUUGGAUUUAACACAGCAAGCAGCAAAUGGGACUUGGGAAACCCACCUGGCAAUUUGUCCACGGUGGCAGCAAUGCCUGUCUCUGAGGAUGUGCCCCUAACUGCCUUCGCUCUGGAGCUCCAACAUGCCCUCAGUGCCAUUGGUCCUGUUCUGCUGCUGACCAGUGACAACAUCAAACAACGCCUUGGUGCUGCUGCUCUAGACAGCAUCCAUGAGUACCGGCUGUCCAGUUGGCUGGGGCAGCAGGAGGACAUUCACCGGAUUGUGCUGUAUCAAGCAGACAGCACACUCACACCCUGGACCCAGCGCUGCAUCCGUCAAGCUGACUGCAUCCUCAUUGUGGGCCUGGGUGAGCAAGAGCCAGCAGUAGGUGAGCUGGAGCAGAUGUUGGAGAGCACAGCUGUGCGUGCCCAGAAGCAACUUAUCUUGCUGCACAAAGAGGAGGGUCCAGCGCCUUCCCGCACAGUGGAGUGGCUCAACAUGCGAAGCUGGUGUUCUCGCCAUUUGCACCUUUGCUGCCCACGCCGUGUCUUCUCUAAGAGGAGCUUGCCCAAGCUGGUUGAGAUGUACACACGUGUUUUCCAACGACCACCAGACCGUCAUUCUGACUUCUCCCGCCUGGCACGGAUGCUGACAGGCAAUGCCAUUGCCUUGGUGCUUGGAGGGGGUGGAGCCAGAGGGUGUGCCCAGGUAGGUAUCCUCAGGGCACUAGCAGAGUGUGGCAUCCCCGUGGACAUAAUCGGAGGGACAUCCAUUGGGGCUUUCAUGGGUGCUCUGUUUGCUGAGGAGCGGAGCUACAGCCAGAUACGGAUCCGGGCCAAGCAGUGGGCAGAGGAUAUGACAUCAAUGGUGAAGACUAUACUGGACCUGACCUACCCAAUCACAUCUAUGUUCUCUGGCACUGGCUUCAAUAGCAGCAUCAGCAACAUCUUCAAAGACCGGCAGAUUGAGGACCUGUGGCUCCCCUACUUUGCCAUCACCACCGACAUCACAGCCUCUGCUAUGCGGGUUCACACAGAUGUGCAGGACAAGGACCACAAAGGGCAGAAAAAGGCUCCUUCCUGGCUGGCCUCUUUUCCACCAGAUCUCUUUGCUGCUCCAGGCUCUCUGUGGAGGUAUGUCCGUGCAAGCAUGUCCUUGUCAGGCUACAUGCCCCCACUCUGCGACCCCAAGGAUGGACACCUGCUGAUGGAUGGUGGUUAUAUCAACAACCUCCCAGCGGAUGUGGCAAGAUCCAUGGGGGCAAAGGUUGUGAUUGCCAUUGAUGUUGGUAGCCGGGAUGAGACGGACCUCACCAACUAUGGUGAUUCCUUGUCUGGAUGGUGGCUGCUUUGGAAACGCUGGAACCCCUUGGCCACAAAAGUCAAGGUGUUGAACAUGGCCGAGAUUCAGACACGACUGGCCUAUGUGUGCUGCGUCCGGCAGCUGGAGAUGGUAAAGAACAGCGACUAUUGUGAGUACCUGAGGCCUCCCAUCGACAGUUACCGCACCCUGGACUUCGGCAAAUUUGAUGAGAUCUGUGAAGUUGGGUAUCAACAUGGCCGGACAGUGUUUGACAUCUGGGUUCGGAGUGGUGUCCUAGAGAAGAUGUUGCAGGACCAGCAGGGGACAAGCAAGAGGAAGGACUGUGGGGUGUUCACUUGCCCCAAUUCCUCCUUCACGGACCUUGCUGAGAUUGUGUCACGGAUUGAGCCGGCCAAGGUGGCUGCAGUGGAUGAGGAGUCUGACUAUCAGACAGAAUAUGAGGAGGAGCUGCCAGUCAUCCCCAAGGAAACAUAUGCCGACUUCCAGAGCACUGGGAUUGAGCUGGACUCUGACUCGGAGUAUGAGCCUUCGAUGUCACAAGGGCCCCCCAGCUUGACUUCCCCAGAACAAUCCCAGGACUCCUUCCCUUGGCUCUCCAAUCAAGAUGACCAGGGGCCAAGACUGUAACGCCCUUCCUGACCAGAUUAAUACAGUACAGCACCUGGGCCUCACCCUUAGACUGAGGCUGCACCCACUCCUUAGUGGAUACUUCAAUUGUCUGACAAGAUCAAACUGGGAGAUAUAUCCAUCUGGUUUCUUCCAGGGGCAUGGGCUUUUGUAUUGGAGUCAUGGGCCUCUUCUCUUCCCUGGCACCCCUUGUCUCCCCACAGCAAUACUAAGGAGCGCUGAAGCCUCUGUGAGGCAUGGGAGUGUGGAAUUGGUAUAUUAAUAAACGUCAGUCUGAUUGUG